UGCAGGGCUGCUUCUAAGUUACAGGGGAACCACUUCUUGGAGAUAUAUUCAGGCAACUCAAGGCAUAAUGGAUAUGUUUUAAAUUUUUUUUUUCCCCUCAUGAUGUUUAAUUCCUAUUUAUACCCCAGUAGCUACAGUGGCUGUGCACCAAGAGGAAUGCGUAUUGCCUUUGAAGCUGUGUGGAUAAGCUGAUGCCAGUGGAGAUGUUUCUCAGGGAGUGCUUGGCUUAGAUCACUAAAGCGGUUGACAUUAGGAGGUUUAGGGCAUUUAUCUGGACGCAUCCCUCUAGAUCAAGUGAUUGCUGUCUCUUUUCCACAUCCCAACCCCUUUUUUCUUUUUUUUUUUUUUUGACCAAUAAGCAACAUAUCAUUCUGUAUUUCUGUUUAUCUUUUAAUCAUAAAUACAGUUUUUGCUAGUUUCAGGUAGUCCCAAGGACCAGCUUUGGACUGUCUGCGUUGCUUGUGCUGGUGUGGUGCGGGAACAGCGUGCGACACUGCCUAUGUAGCCAGCCGCAUAGUUGAUGUUCUUCUCACUUCAUGUGUAAGGGGACAUAUGAAAUAUGUUGGUUUUCAGGCAAGCUGGUCUCUACCGGUCAGCGUUCAGAAUAGUGGGAAGAUGCUGGGAAAAUGGGAAGAGAAAUGAGCGUGUGGUUUCAGUGCUGCGCUGCUUUCUGAUUGUCCUGCGAGGGAUUAGUCUCCGCAUGAGUGUUUGUGGGUGAUCUGGAUCAGACCACCCUGCAAUUACACUUCUUACGUGAGCUCAAAUGACAUUGCGGAGCGGUGAUGUUGCUGUGCUUAACUUGCUGUGUGGUCUUUUUCCUUUUUAAUAGUCAAGGUGGUACCCUGCUUAAGGCAACUUUACUUGCUAAGGAAAAUGGGGGAAAAGUAAAAGACUCUGUUGUGAUGAAAACACUAAUGGAGUGUUUGUUUCUGCUGAUUUAGGUUCUGGUGUCUCUGGACCUGUCCUUGCACUUUCCGUGUGUACCCAGCAAAAGUCCUGGGGAAAGCCUUAGGGAUAGAAACCUUUUUUCCUACCAAUGUCUCUAGUUCUCACUACCCUGAGCAGGUAGAACAGCUUCAGAUCCCAGUAAUCCCAUUAAUAGCUGGUGACCAGGCUGUACCAAUUUGAUUGUAGGAGUGGAGGCAGCUAAAAUAGAGACUUUAUUGAAGAUCUGAAGUUAUCUUAAGCAGUGUCCUGGCUUCAAACCUGUUUUGCUAAGGGGCAGAACACAGAGCAGUGUCCCAAUCCUCUAAGCUUCUCAAGAAACUUUCUCCCUGGCUUCCUCCGAGAUAGAUUGUGUGUACAUUAGUCUAACUCUCCAGUCAAAAUAGUAGCUGUGUCCUUAAUGUUUAAAAAAAAAAAAAAAAAGAGGCAUGUCUCAGAUUUUGCUUUCACAUCAAAGGAAAAGCAUGAGUAACGUUGCCUGGGGUCCCACUGCAGCCGCUGCAGUCGGAUAACUAGUUUUGGGGAGAAAUCAGCCCUCUGAUCAGAGUGGUGUGUCUGUGGAAGUGACAGCUACUAGACACUGCUCCAAAUGUAAAGCAGAUUGUUUCACCAUUCAGGAGAACUGAACUGUAUCUGAACUGUAAGCCCCUGGCUCAGCCCUGUUUUCCCUUCUGAUGGUCCUAGAGAUUUUUAACUAGGCAGAGCUACUUUCUCAUGUCCCGUUUAGAGCUGUCAUGGCAAUAGUGAAAUCGGAGAUGCCCUUUUCCUGCUACCUUCUUAGCCACAAGGAUGUAGCCUCCAGCCAGGUGAGUGGGUAGACUUGUGGGGUGUUCAGGAAAGCUCGUCUUCUCAAACAGAGAAGGAACCUGGACAGAACCUCUGCGCACGUUAACUCUUAGCAGUGGGAACUGCUUGAUGUUUGAAGGACUGAACUGUACUGCAGUCUCGGUUGUUCUCGCUUGCUUACAUGCAUCCGCCUCUGUUUUCUUGCUGUUCCUGCAUUAGACCAAAACCUGUUUCCUUUUCUCCAUCCACAAUUGUGCCCUUAAGAGAAGAGGCAUCAGGCUUAAACCUGCUGCAUUUAAUACAGCUGUAGUGCAGCGAUAUGCUUUGUGAAAGACGUUUGGACCUUACAUGUCUAGCUGUUCACAUGAAAGACUGCUUCGCUGUCACGUAUAGCAAGACAACUUAUGUUUGAUUUAGGGAGUUACUAGACAGAGACAACCCAAUGGCAUGGGUGUCAGACACACCAUCCCACUCAGUGCUCAAUGUCCCUUAAGGAGUAAGAAAGGUGUGUGUGUGUGUCUCAAGAUGCUGAAAUAGUGUCUGGUAAUAUCUUGAGCCUGACACCCUGGUAGCUGCCAAAACUGUCCAUCUUUAGCAAUGCAUCCUAUCAUGUGAAGAAAAUGCAACAGUUGUGCAACUGGAAUAGCAAAGUGGGGCUCUCUACUUGUAGUUUUUUCUGCAUUUAGAAGAAAACUCUCCUCGAUCUCUGCUUCCUGUACAAGUACUAAGAGCAGAAUUGCCUUCCUUGGAUAUGGCAGUUAGAGAAAGAUUUGCCGAUCAGUACUCUACUAAGCUUUGAUCACUUCAAUGAAAAUAAAAAAGAAUUAUGAUCAGGGAUUCAGUCUAUUUCUUCAGGCCUGGCAGAGGUUUUUCCUGUUUAAGUUACUACUCUGAACUGGAUCCCGAAGUUGGUUCUUGCACAACCUUUGGAUCCAGGGUGCAGAACCAGUCACGGAAUGGGCAGAGAUUCUCACUAGACUUGCAAUUCAGAAACAGAGCGCCAGGUAAUUGAAAGAAUCGAUUAAAUCUGCAUUUUUGAUCAAAAGCAUGUGUGUGUAGCCAGGGACAGAUGACUGAAUGAGCUCUGUGAAGAAAGAGAAGCCAGAAUACUUUGCCCCGAAACGCUGACCCUCCUGCCUCCCGCACUGUUUCAUCCGCUCGCAGCGGGUCGCACCGAGACUCCUUUGACCCGCUGGCAGCAGUUCUGCCGGAGCGUGCCAUGAUCUGCCCUGAGGUCCCCUGGCAGCACUGGUACAUGAAUGGCAGUAAGUAUUUCUCAGAUCUCUGGAAUGUUAUGGAUACGCUAGCAAUCUUCUACUUCAUAGCAGGCAUUGUGUUCAGGCUUCACUCAUCUGAUGAAAGCUCUUGGUAUUCUGGGAGAGUCAUUUUCUGUUUGGACUACAUAGUUUUUACUCUGAGGCUGAUCCAUAUUUUCACAGUUAGCAGGAAUCUAGGACCCAAAAUUAUUAUGCUGCAGAGGAUGAUGAUAGAUGUCUUCUUCUUCCUCUUCCUCUUUGCUGUGUGGAUGGUGGCCUUUGGUGUGGCCAGGCAAGGCAUCCUGAGGAAGAACGAGCACCGCUGGGAGUGGAUAUUUCGAUCUGUCAUCUACGAGCCAUACCUGGCUAUGUUUGGCCAGUACCCCGAUGAUGUUGAUGGUACCACCUACAACUUUGACCGCUGCACCUUUUCUGGGAAUGAAUCCAAGCCCUUGUGCGUGGAGCUGGAUGCCAACAACCAACCCCGCUUCCCGGAAUGGAUUACCAUUCCCCUUGUCUGCAUUUACAUGCUCUCCACUAACAUCCUCCUUGUGAACCUGCUUGUGGCCAUGUUUGGUUACACUGUUGGAUCAGUACAAGAGAACAACGACCAGGUGUGGAAGUUUCAGCGUUACUUCUUGGUCCAAGAAUACUGCAGUCGCUUGACUAUCCCCUUCCCUUUUGUCAUCUUUGCCUACAUAUUCAUGGUGAUGAGGAAAUGUUUCAAAUGCUGCUGUAAGAAAGAAAGUGAAGAGCCAUCUAUUUGUUGCUCAAAAAAUGAGGACAAUGAAAUUCUGGCAUGGGAAGCCGUCAUGAAGGAAAAUUACCUUGUCAAAAUCAAUACCAAAGCAAAUGAUUCAUCAGAAGAGAUGGUGCAUCGUUUCCGACAACUGGAUGCAAAGCUCUCUGAUUUGAAAGGCCUUCUGAAAGAGAUUUCCAACAAAAUCAAAUGAAUGCAGCUGAAAUCCAAGAGCAGCUACCUGAAAAGGGUACCAAUUCAUCAAGAAUAAUUUCUCUGAGCUGGCAGUAACCACCGAGCAAAUGGUAACUGAUCCACCAGAGUGUCAAUGUCUCAGCAGGAGUUACUCGGAUUUUUUUUUGUUGUUUUUUCCAUUUUUUUGAUAAAAUGGCCCUUUCUGCUUGUUGCAAGAUGAUGGUAAAACAUUAAGAUGACUGUUUAUCUCCUGGCAGGACUCCCACGUUACCCAAGCUCUCCUUUUUCCUGUGUCCCCUGAUGUUCAAUGGCAGUAAUUAGUCCUUGUCAGCUGCUGUUAAAAAGCACUCCUAAUUCCAAGAGUUCUGCCGCUGCUGCCAAAAUCACUUUCCUUUUCAAUUCCACUCAAAGGGGCCUGUUCAUGGGUUUCCUUUAGCCACUAAUUGCUUGUCUUAACGAAUCAAUCUCCCUCCCCUCUCCUUCGUGUAGUAACCAGAUCUAGCUUGUUACUUGCAUGGUCUGUCUGUUGGACCUGCUGAAGUCUGUAAUGCUGGCAUGCCGGAAUAAAAUGUAUUUCAGCAUCAUCCCCUGGAGGAAAGACAGCCUUUGGUCCAACCAUGCCCCCGCAUCUCGGACUCUGCACGAACAGGGUGGAUUUCUUCCCGCUCUACCUGGAACUGUGUAGCAAUGCAGAAGCUCAGCUAUUACAAACCCGCACGGGAGAGAUUUAAUUCAUCCAGAAAGAGUUUCCAAAGGCCUUGUGUGCAGUCCUUGUUUGUUUCUUUAGUGAUAAUCUGUAUACUUGAAGCACUGCAAUUUGUUUAACUCGUUCAAACAUCUGCUUGCUUCUUGAAGUGGAGAAGAGAUUGUUGGUCAGCUUUCAAUAUUGUCCUGCUUGCUAUGCUGAGGUUGCUACUUCUGCUUUCUGUCUAAAACAGCAGCUGAAUUUAGUGGCAUUUUGUCUGGCAUAACUGGGUGCACUAUCAGCUGAAGGGAAGCCACGACAUUUAUUUACUUUGCAAAGCAUUGUAUCCGUCUUCAUCCCCAGUGUCUAGGAAUGAUCUCCCAAGAUCUCUGAUUUUGAAGGUUUAGGUAUUUUCCUUUUGCUUGGCGAUGAGUCGUAGUCCAUACGCUUUACCAUGACUCGCAGCUAGUCUGAGGGCUGUCAGGCAGUAUCUACGGGUGCCGCACGAGCUCUCCAGAUGAGUGGUUAGGGAGGUGGAGAGGGAAUUUCUGCUGCAGCAGAACGCUCCCCAGGUGAGUCACCUCGACCGGUGGAAACACAACCAUCUGCCUGGCUGGAGACAGCAGCCGGAGUGCAGACCUGCCCCUGGGCACAGCAGCAUGUCCCAGUCUGUGUCUGCUCUGAAAACACGUUGAUCUGAGAUGGCAAAGGCAAGACCAGACCAUUUUGUGUGUUUUGGUGUUUGCUUCAGUACAGGGAUAUGAAGCGCUGUUGCACGUGGGGAAUGUUUCUGCUUUAGGGUGCAGCUUACUGACCGAGGUGGCCAGCAUGUGCAUGCAUCGUUUACUGGAGCUGCUGCUCUGCUUGUCUUUGUAGCUGAAAAUGGAAUAGUUUUACAGGGAAAACUGUGAUGAGGUGUUAUCGGAAAGGUUGCUGCUCUCUUCUUGCUGCGUCAUGUUGCCUAACUUUACUGUAUGCCGUGUGUUGCAUGAUCCUGGGGGGAUAUAGCACUACCAGUAGCAGUAUUACUUGUUUACAUGUGGAAAUAUUUGUGUUUUGCUGUUAAAAAGUUUAUAAAGGACUCAGGUUUUCAUUGACUUCUCUGGCAGUUAGCUUGCAUCAUAAAUUGAGAUGUUUCCUUUCUAGAAAUUAUGUUUUCCUAUGUCAUAAGUAUGCCUUGAAUGUGAAAAUUGUGCUUUUUAGUUCAUUCCUUUCAUAU